AUGUUAGUCACAUCGUCAAUUUUUUUUCUUUCUUUAACAAGGCUGUUACAAGAGAAGAAUUUCUUCAUCUUAGGAGUAGUGAAAAGACAACCCCCUCUCUCUGUGAAGGAGGCAUUCCUUUCUCUCACUCUUCUUCAUGAGGGAGAACUUUUGUUGUCUCAAUUUCUCUUUAUCUGUCUCUCUCUCUCUCUCGCUUUCUUUCUCUCUCUCGCUUUCUUUCUCUCUCUCGCUUUCUUUCUCUCUCUCGCUUUCUUUCUCUCUCUCGCUUUCUUUCUCUCUCUCUUUCUUUCUCUCUCUCUUUUCUCUCUCUCUCUCUUUCUCUCUCUCUCUUUUCUCUCUCUCUUUUUCUCUCUCUCUCUUUUUCUCUCUCUCUUUUUCUCUCUCUCUCUUUUCUCUCUCUCUCUUUUUCUCUCUCUCUCUUUUUCUCUCUCUCUCUUUUUCUCUCUCUCUCUUUUUCUCUCUCUCUCUUUUUCUCUCUCUCUUUUUUCUCUCUCUCUUUUUUCUCUCUCUCUUUUUCUCUCUCUCUCUUUUUCUCUCUCUCUUUUUCUCUCUCUCUCUCUUUUCUCUCUCUUCUCUCUUUUUUCUCUCUCUUUUCUCUCUCUCUCUUUUUUCUCUCUCUCUUUUUCUCUCUCUCUCUCUUUUCUCUCUCUCUCCUCCCGUUUCUUUCUUUCUCUCUCCUCCCCGUUUCUUUUUUCUCUCUCCUCCCCGUUUCUUUCUUUCUCUCUCCUCCCCGUUUCUUUCUUUCUCUCUCCUCCCGUUUUUUUCUUUCUCUCUCCCCCGUUUCUUUCUUUCUCUCUCCCCCGUUUCUUUCUUUCUCUCUCCCCCCUGCAGCCUAACAGUGCUUCUGGAUCUGGUGCCUUGGAACAUGACGCAGCAUCCCUAUAUUCUCGUGCACAACCGGGUGAUCCUCCAAUUCCUGGUCCUCUGCCACUGGGGGUAGCUGUCAUUGACAGUUCUGUGCGUCUGUAUGGCCUUGUCUUCUACAAAGUGGCACAUAAGCACCGUUAUCAAAUGCUGCAACACUUCAACGAAUGCAUAAAACAGGCUAAGUCCUCACGGCAGCAAGCCGUACAAAUGAACAUUUUCACUGCGGUGCUCUGUGCUCUUAAGAAUCUUGCUGAUACUAAAACUAGCCUGGGGCCUGAUGAUGUGAAAAAGGCAGCUUUUAAUUUGAUCAUGGGAGCUUUAGGGAGUUCCAACCCCAUCCUUCGAUGCGCUGCUGGUGAAGCUCUUGGUCGAAUGGCGCAGGUGGUUGGAGAUAGCAGAUUCAUUGCUGAAAUGGCACAGUAUAGUUUUGAUAGAUUGAAAUCAGCCCGUGAUGUUGUAAGCCGAACUGGCCAUUCUUUAGCACUUGGUUGCCUGCACCGCUACGUGGGUGGUAUGGGAUCUGGUCAGCAUCUCAACACCAGUGUCAGCAUCCUCCUUGCUUUGGCCCAAGAUUUUAACUCACCUGUUGUCCAGGUGUGGGCCCUUCAUGCUCUUGCUCUGAUUGCUGACUCUGGAGGCCCAAUGUUCCGUGGUUAUGUGGAGCCGACCCUGUCCCUGGUGCUACAGUUACUAUUAACAGUACCACCUGCUACUGUGGAUGUCCAUCAAUGUCUUGGAAAAUGUCUCUCAGCCCUCAUCACCUCCAUUGGCCCAGAAUUACAAGGUAAUACAACCUCAAUUGCAGUGGCCCGCCUCUACUGUUUAGUAUGCUGUGCAGUGAUGCAGGACCACCCUGAUUCUUUGGUUCAGGCAGAAGCCAUUGCCUGCCUCCAGCAACUGCACAUGUUUGCACCACGCCAUGUCAACCUUACCACACUGGUGCCACAUUUAAGUGAAAUUCUCAGUAGCCCCCAUCUUUUACUUCGACGAGCUGCAGUAGCCUGUCUCCGGCAACUAGUCACAAGGGAGGCCCGGGAAGUGAGCGAGCUGGCCCUAGCCCUGCCUGGCACUCCACUGGACACAGGCAUAACCAGUGGCAAGGACAAUGCUAAGUCUAUGUAUGAGAGUGGUCUGGAAGGUACUUUGUUCAGCAUGCUGGACACUGAAGUGGACAAUAAGCUGACCUCAGAUGUCCAAGACACACUUCUCAGUCUCUUACAGUCUCUGGCUGUCAGGAACCUCACUCGUUGGUUAACACUUCUCAAAGAGGUGCUGUCUGCUUCCACAGAUACAAGCAGCGUACUUCAUGAAGGAGCCCCUGAAGAAGAAAUGGCAGAUAAAGAUGAUGAUGAAGAUGAUGAUGCUGCUUUAAAAGUAGCUGAAGCAGAUGUUACUCACCCAUCUGUUGCUCCAAGGUGGCCCACUCGUGUGUUUGCUACAGAUUGUCUACGAAAGAUCAUCUCCACUUGUGAAGGUCAAGAAGGACAAUUUGAUUUGAUCAAAGCAAGAGAACUUCGGCAAAAGACUGGUACAAGUAAUUAUUUGGUGUUACAUCUGUCCGAGCUUGUGAGAAUGGCAUUUAUGGCAGCUACAUCGGACAGUAACCAAUUACGGCUAGCUGGCCUAGCUGCCCUGCAAGAUAUCAUUUUAAAAUUUGCCGAUGUUCCAGAACCUGAGUUUCCUGGCCAUGUUAUUUUGGAGCAGUUCCAAGCCCAGGUUGGUGCUGCUCUUCGUCCCGCUUUUUCCCCAGAAACACCUUCUGAUGUCACAGCAGCUGCAUGUGAGGUGUGCAGUACUUGGAUUGGUAGUGGUGUGGCCCGUGACCUCAAUGACCUGAGACGUGUCCACCAACUGUUAGUGUCAUCCCUUGCCAAACUAAAGACUGGCAAAUUUUCUCCCUUGCUUUACAACGAGAGUGCAUCAACCAUGGAGAAAUUAUCUGUCCUUAAAGCCUGGGCUGAGGUGUACAUAGUUGCUGUGAACCGUGAAAAGGAAAAAUCAGGCCCAGCCAAUAGCAAAGCUGAAGAGAGUGAAGUCCAAGAAUUUCCUGUAGAGAGCCUGCUCAGUUUGGUACAACCAGAGUUGUCUAACUUGAGUGAACACUGGAUGUCCGCUUUGAAAGAUUAUGCACUACUCUCACUACCACCAGAGUAUUCCAGCCAGCUUCCUCCGGAGGGAGGCACAUUUUACCAGGCUGAGACAAUGGACUCCUCACGCAUGCACUACAAGAAAUCUUGGCCUCCAAUUCUCUACGCCUUAUCUAUCUGGUUGAAUGAAGCUGGCUUUGCUAGUGUUAACAGUGAAUUGGAAGGAGACAGCAACAAGCAGAAGAAGCUGGCAAAGAAUAUCCCCUACACUGCCACCAUGCCAGCCAACAUGAACCCAGAGGAGGUUAAUUCUGAUCGUCUUUAUUUGAUACUUGGAAUUUGCAUGGAGUCAUUGUGCUGCCCAACAUCUCUUCUUUCUGAGGAAACGGUGAACACCUGCCUGCGGGCUUUGCACAUUCUUCUGGACUCUCAGUGGCCACGAAAACAGAUUGGAGAAGAUAUGAUUUUGGCCAAGGAACUCCUUAACGUCAUGCACAGAAUCCUGUUGACCAGGGAAAAUGUCCAGACUCAUUUAUUAGUUAUGGAUGUUGUACGGCAAGUGAUUAAAGCCAGCCUAGAAAAUCUGGAUGCUGAGAGAAAAUGUUCUAAAGAAAACAAUGCCCAGACCCCAAGCAAAGCAGGCAGCACAGAAUCUAUGGACACCAUUGAUAGCAGCUAUGUGUUGGGGGAGGGAGGCGAAAGCGGUGAGAUUGUGAUGGGCAAGUCUGUGGUGUACGCCACUUUGGAGGUGUGUCUUUGCGUGUUGGUGCGCCAAAUCCCUGCUCUCAAUCCCACCGCUGCUAACACAGGUUUCCAAGUGCCAACCCAUUUGACCAAAAUGACGGACGAAGCCUGUCAGAUCAUUUCUUCAGUUGUCUUAGUCAUGGUUGAACUGCCAAAUCUUUGUUCUCCUGCUGGCAGUGUGACUAUUCUUCCAACCAUUUUGUACCUGAUCACCAGUGUUCUUCGAGAGACUGCAGCCAGAUCCGCCGAGCGUAAAUCACCUGUCAUUGUGUCCGCAUGCCUGCAGUCUCUUAAGAUGCUCUGUGCUUCUUACUUCAAUAAAGAUGACACUGUUGCCAAUGACUGGAUGAAGAUGUUGCAGAGUUCACUGGCCACUAUAUUGGAUUUUUCUCAGCCUGGUGAUGACAAACCUGGCCUUGAUGAAAGUACUUUAAUCUUGACCCUGGCUGUGUUCACCAUGUCCAGUCCGAAAGAAGUAACAGCAGUACCAAAUUUGAUGAACCCGUGUCUGGAUAUAUUUAAAGAAGCCUGGGAUUCCAAAAAUGUUGAGUUGCAAUUGAAAUGCAUCCAGACAUUCAUUUCUAUUCUACAACAUACGGACCGUGUUGUCUACACCCCCUUCAUCUACGCCUUAGCUCCAAGGAUCAUUGAAUAUCUGUACACCAUCAGCACUAAUCGCCCUGACAACGAUACCCAGCUCACCCUGGUCUUUGAAGCCAUCAAAAUGCUGGAGACGCUCAUUGAGUUGGCUGACGAUGAGAACCGUGUAAAUCUAGUCCUUGUGCUUGUGCCCAUGCUGAUUUCAUUUCUGCUCAGCGAGACAAGUCUGGCUUCAUGUUCCCCACUAUCGAAGAUGCUCCAUGACAGGGCCCUACAACACCUGAUGAAAGUUGGCCCACUCUACCCCAGUGAUUUCCGCCUGGCCAUGAGCAGCUCCCCAGACCUCAAACCUCGACUUGAGGCAGCAGUCAAGGCCAAUAUGUCUCACUUUCUCUUUAUAUCUCUCUCUCUCCACUGUAUAAAAGGGAGAAAAAAAUGCCCCUCCCCUUUUUUUGCACUGAUUUUAUUUCCUUUAUUUCUAUCUUUGUUGUGUAAAAUGCAAGAUCAAAUUUUUCCUCUUUUUAUCUACGUUAUUUCUGUUCUCAACUUUUGUACUUAUAUCUCCUCCUCCUUACUGCUCUGUCAAUAUCAUUUCUCCAAUAUAUUCUCUCUAUCUCUCUUUCUUUUUACACUCUAUUGGAUGGUGAAAGAAAAAGUUCAUUCUUUUGUCCUAACCAUUCUCCCUAUCACUUUUAUAAUUUCUUUUUACUUUUUCCUAUUGGAUUGCUCUUCUUCCUCUCUCUCUGUCCUUCCGGCUGCUCUCCCCUCUCUCUGUCCUUCCGGCUGCUCUCCCCUCUCUCUCUCUGUCCUUCCGGCUGCUCUCCCCUCUCUCUCUCUCUCUGUCCUUCCGGCUGCUCUCCUCUCUCUCUCUCUGUCCUUCCGGCUGCUCUCCUCUCUCUCUCUCUGUCCUUCCGGCUGCUCUCCCCUCUCUAUCUUUUUUCUAUCUCUCAUGCCCCUUCUAUCAAAUCUUUUAACCUCCUUCCAUUCAACCUCCCUUCUUUUUAGCCACUUCCCUCCCUCCACCAUCUAUUACUUCUGUCGCUUUCAUCCUCUGCGUCCAAAGUCUAGUUUUUCUUUCUUUCUCUUCUACCUUUCCUUUUUCCAUCUUCUCCCAGACCUUUCUGAAUCACGUUCUGAUCUUUCCUCUGCCCCCGACAGCCUCUCUGGUCUUUCCUCUGCCCCCCCCGACAGCCUCUCUGGUCUUUCCUCUGCCCCCCCCUGCCUCUCUCUGGUCUUUCCCCCUGCCCCCCCCGACAGCCUCUCUGGUCUUUCCCCUGCCCCCGACAGCCUCUCUGGUCUUUCCCCUGCCCCCCGACAGCCUCUCUGGUCUUUCCCCUGCCCCCCGACAGCCUCUCUGGUCUUUCCCUGCCCCGACAGCCUCUCUGGUCUUUCCCCCCCCGACAGCCCCCGACAGCCUCUCUGGUCUUUCCCUGCCCCCGACAGCCCCUCAGGUCUUUCCUCUGCCCUGACAGCCUCUUUUUCUUCUUGUAUAGCUGCUUUUUAA